AUGUAUAAAACGCCACAUACGCCCAACCGGUUCAACAACCAGCGCCGACCGUUUUCACGGGACCAGCGGCCCCAGGGCGACAAGCCGCAGAAAAAGGCGUACCAGUUUGACCCUCGACGAAAGGUGCAUCAGAUGCUGGCACAUGUGGCCGACAUUGGCGGCUCCAAGGCGUACGCGCCGUUGGUGUAUUCCGUGCCUGUGGGGGCAUCACCGGUGAUUGGAGAUCAGUACAAGAACGAUACCCCGUUGCCCAAGUACCCCCCCAAAGACGUGCGACAACUGGAAACCCCUCUAGGAUGCACGUUUGCCGACACAGAGACCGAAAUCACAGCUCGAAGUGACACCAAACGAUACCUCGCUCGACCACCCCGCUCUCGAGAUACUUCUAAGGACCCCGUCUUCGCCUUCCUGUCUACUAAGACUGACAUUUUCCUCGGCGACAGUCUCGUUUCCGAAGAUUCCAUUCUUUCUGGAAAGCCCAAGCUUGUCGUUUCUAAGAGAUCUCGUGACUCCCGAGAUGCGUCUCCCGAUGACGAGCCUGAGUCUGCAAAGAAGCGUGUUCGUCUGGAUUACAAGGAGGAGGUGAACCGAGAGAACCCCGGCACCGUCAAGGCCAAGGACGUGCUUCGAAUGGUCGACUCGUCGUUAGUGGAGUCUCCUGUGAACAUCAAGGAAGAAAAGAAGACACAUGUGGCUGGCAUUGCCGCUCAGGCUGCUGCUCAGUAUGCUGGCUCGCCCAGAAAGAAUGCACGACGGAACAUGCCUGGUCGAAAGUAG